AUGAUAUCAAAAGUAACACUGAGAUGUCGUUUCAUACAUCCAAGUAAAUUUCGACCAAUUGCAAUCAAUGCUCAAUGCAUUUCUACUCAAGUUCCCACUAUAAAACAUGGAGCUUUGAUAACCAGACCCGUGGCAGAAUCACCAAGUACGCCUGUUGUUGCAAUUCUCGGCUGGAAUGAUGCCAAGAUGAAACAUAUACAAAAAUAUAGCAAAAUAUUUGAAGAGAAAAAUUGGACAACAGUGUGUUUGCCUGCAACAUCUUUUGAUACUUUCUUUCGACCAAGCAGCAAAGUUAAAACCACCAGUAUGUACAUGAUGGACCUUUUAAAACAGCUAACGUCAGGUGGAAACCCAGUUUUCCUAUAUUCUCUCAGCAGUGGAGGAUGUACUGUGUACUAUCACAUUGCUAAAGCUUUAACAAGUCAGGGAAGUCCACAUUUUGAUGCAUUUAAAGUUGUCGGCGCUAUUUUUGACAGUUGCCCAGUAAAAAAUACAAAAGAAGGUAUUCAUCGCCUGCAAAUUAGUGUCACAGAAAGAGUGCACAAUCCAAUAGUUAAAAACUUAAUUUGGUAUGCAGUUUCCAUGACGUGGCCAUUGGUGAUUAAGCUUGAUCCAUUACUUGGAACAGGAACAUUAUUUGAUGAGUUAGAAAGUAUGAUAUUAGACUAUCCUGAAUUGUAUUUCUAUUCGAAAGCAGACAAGUUGGCACUCUAUCGGGAUAUCGAUGACUUUAUAAUUCAACGUAAAUCUCUCGGAGUUACUGUCCUCAACAAGCGAUGGGAUGACCCACCUCAUGUUUCUCACUACAUGAAGUAUCCUGAAGAAUAUCUUGAACUGCUUGAACAAUUUCUUAAUGUUUGUUUGCCACAAGAAAAUAAAAAUUAA